CGAGCCGCCGCGCGCGGGCCGCGGCUCGCCUUGCUGGCCGCAGCCGUCGCACGGCUGGCGCCGGGCGCGGCGGCCCCGCCGCCCGCCGAGGUGUUACCGCAGUCGUCUGGAGCGGUCGUGGACCUCACGGACGCCGACUUCGACGACAGGGUGCGGAAUGGUACCGAGGUGCCCUGGCUGGUCAAGUUCUACGCGCCUUGGUGCGGCCAUUGCAAGGCGCUGUCCCCGGUGUGGGAGGACCUCGCCAAGAGGCUGGGCGGCGGCGGCGCGAGGGCCGCCGCCCGGGUGGCGAGGGUGGACGCGACGGCGGAGACGUCUCUGAGGGACGACUUCGACGUGAGGAGCUACCCGGCCCUCAAGCUCAUCGCCGAAGGUAGCGUGUACAAUUACAAAGGACCGCGCGUCGCAGACGCCCUGGAGGUCUUGACAUGUUUGUUUUCCCCUUGUGUUGAUGGUCAUCGUUGUUGUUUGUGCGUUCUCUCUCUCUCCCUCUUUCCCUCUCCCUGGGCCGCUUUCUCACACUUGGUGGCUCAUGUGAUGUGUCCUGUCCCGAGUGUCCACGUGUCUCCUGCCAAAAGUGGUUCUCCCACACCACCGCAGUGUUCUCUCCUCGGUGCGUUGUAAUCGCCGCAGGAUUGCCGCGGUUUGGAUCUGUAAUUCGAGCUGGGUGUGUUAUUCUGGUUGUGAUGCAUUCGGGUUUGCGAUCUCAGGUGCGCAGGUGUUUGCAUGCGCUCACACUGCUCAGCUUUGACUGACAGGGC